CGUCGCAUACGUUGUGCCUAAAAGGUUGCCAAGUUCUACCUACGAAUGAUAGGGUUACCGCUUCUGAUUCGGAUCACGGCCAGUGUCUGUGAGCAAGACGCAGAAUAAGAAGAUGUGUGCCACAGCAAGAACUUCCCCGCCCGAUUCUCAUAGUCAUCUUAUAGCCUAGGUAGUCUACUUCAUAGGCCAUGGCCAAUCUCCGUUGUGGCUAAUGGCCAUUCUCCAUGGGAAGAAGAAGAAGAGGAACUAUGAGUAAUGAGCUAUGCGCCGCUUUUGACGAGGAAGAAGAGGAUAAAUAGAAGACGGACGUACGUAGGGACAUCUUAGGAGAAGAACAUCAUGUUCAGCGCUAACUUCCUUCCCACGUUUUCUGCUGGACAGAAAAAGGCCUGCAUGGUGUUCUUUCUUGGCCUCAUGGGCCUCUACACACUAAGGAAGCUCUGCGAAUACAGCUGGGGUCGUUGUCGCAGCAAGAGAUCCAUGGCUGAAAAAACCGUCAUCAUAACUGGAGCCAACUCUGGUAUCGGAAAAGCGACCGCAAUGGAACUCGCUCGCCGUGGCGCCAGAGUCAUCAUGGCGUGCCACAGCGUGAGCAGCGCUUUGAUCGCGGCUGCUGAGGUCCGUCAGAUAACCUCCAUAGACAAAGUCAUACUUCGAUAUCUGGACCUGGCAUCAUUCACUUCCAUUCGCGCUUUUGCCAAGUACGUCCACGAGCACGAAGCACGGGUCGACGUCCUCAUCAAUAACGCUGCUGUCUACAACUGCGACUUCAUGCGAACCGCUGACGGACUUGAAACUCAGAUGGAGGUUAACUACUUGGGACACUUCCUUCUGACCAACCUCCUCCUCGACGUCUUGAAGGCCUCCCGGCCAAGUCGGAUAAUAGUUGUGACGUCACUUCUUUACGUGGAUGGCCGGAUCCAGUUACCAGAUCUCGUCAUGAAUGAAAGAAACUACGACGCUAGACAAGCGUACGCCGAUAGCAAACUGGCAUGCGCACUGUUAGUGCGCGAGCUUUCGAAACGUCUGCAAGGCACUGGCGUAACGUCGUACGCUGUAAGCCCAGGAUUAGUGAACACCAGUCUAGGAAGGUAUUCCAAGAUCUCCUGGUACAGCUAUCUGAUACUGUUGCCCCUGUCGCUGUUCUUGCUGCGUACGCCGGAGCAAGGAUGUCAAACGGUCGUCGACUGCGCCGUUGACGAAAAGUACGAGAAAGAAAGCGGCAUGUUCUAUAGAAACUGUCGGAUGAAUCCGUGGCAUCCAACUGCGCUUGACGCUCAUCUCGCGAGAGAUCUUUGGAACACGAGCAAGCUCUUGACUGAACAACCAGCGUCGCCCCCUGAGCCGGAAGUGGCUCAGGAGGCACUAGUAUAGGGAUCACGGAUUCCUUAUUGAAUGUUAAAUACUGUAAGUUUUCGUGCACAUUCUGGUAUCCACGGAAUAGAAACUUUCGUGAAACUGAACUGUGACCGGAUAAGGCAGCAAGAUUGCAAAUAAAUUUUAGAUCAUUGUUUUGGUA